AUGCUGCGCUCAUGUUGUUCGCGUCUGCCAGCGAGGCUGCAUGGCCUUGCAAAGCCUCACAACAUCAGUGCCAGACCAUCAUUCCGAACAAGGUCCCUGGCCACCGUCGCCCCUCCUCCCCCUGCCCGAGAACCCACAGAGCUUAGCGAUGUCACUACACUGCCGAAUGGGAUACGGGUCGCUAGUGAAGCUCUUCCAGAUGCCUUCUCUGGCAUGGGAGUAUACAUCGAUGCCGGAUCGCGAUACGAGACCGAAUACUUGCGCGGCGCAAGUCACAUCAUGGACCGACUUGCCUUCAAGUCGACCUCGCGACACUCCGCCGAUGAGGUCUUGGAGCAGGUCGAAAACCUUGGCGGAAACGUACAAUGUGCGUCCUCCAGAGAGUCCAUGAUGUAUCAGGCCGCCACCUUCAACAACGCCAUUCCCACUGCCGUUGGCUUGCUCGCCGAGACAAUACGAGAUCCGAAGCUCACAGAGGAGGAGGUGCAACAACAACUGCUCACGGCCGAGUACGAGAUCAACGAAAUAUGGUCCAAACCAGAACUGAUCCUGCCUGAGUUGGUUCACACUGCUGCAUUCAAGGACAACACUCUCGGCAACCCUUUACUGUGCCCCCAGGAACGUCUCGGCGCAAUCGACAGGAAUGUGAUCCAGGCCUACAGAGAUGCCUUUUUCAGACCCGAGCGGAUGGUUGUCGCUUUCGCCGGGAUUCCUCAUUCAGAAGCUGUCAAGCUGGCCGAAAAGCACUUCGGCGACAUGAAAGGCACAGAGCUGCCGGCAAUUUCAGACACCGCAUCUGAAGCAUCAGCGGAAUCCGAGACCAGCUCGCAGAGCAGCGAAUCUGCUGCUUCGUCUGUCUCCUCCUUAUCCUCGGCAUCACCACAGCAGUCGUCCAAACUCCUCUCCAAAAUACCGUUUCUGAAGAAUCUCUCCACUUCGGCACCGCACAACGCUUCCAUUGCUUCCUCUCCUCAUAUCCCCCUCUCCAUUGAAGACCUCCACCGCCCAGCCCAGUACACAGGUGGGUUCCUUUCCCUCCCCACACAACCACCCUCGCCAAACCCAAUGAUGCCCGCUUUCACACACAUCCACCUUGCCUUCGAGGGCCUCCCAAUCUCCUCGGACGACAUCUUUGCCCUCGCCACUCUGCAAACCCUUCUCGGAGGAGGAGGCUCCUUUUCAGCUGGAGGCCCCGGCAAAGGCAUGUACUCACGCCUGUACACCAACGUGCUGAACCAGUACGGAUGGGUUGAGUCAUGUGUCGCUUUCAACCACAGCUACACUGACAGCGGUCUCUUCGGUAUCGCGGCGUCCUGCUAUCCAGGCCGAACGGGCAAGAUGCUCGAGAUAAUGUGCCGAGAGCUUCGGGCCUUGACGUUGGACUCGGGAUUCUCACGCCUCAACAGCGUAGAGGUUAACCGCGCCAAAAACCAGCUACGGUCAAGCCUGCUCAUGAACCUCGAGAGCCGCAUGGUGGAGCUCGAGGAUCUCGGGAGGCAGGUACAGGUUCAUGGCCGCAAAGUUCCCGUGCACGAGAUGACAAGGAGGAUCAGCGAGCUCACGAUCAACGACUUGAAGCGCGUGGCGAAGAUGGUUGUCGGCGGCAUGGUCGACAAUCCUGGCAAGGGGAGCGGUGCGCCGACAGUGGUGUUACAAGAAGCGGAGGCACCGGGUGUCACGACGAGGACGAUGACUUGGGACGAGAUCCAGGAUACGAUCCACCGGUCGCGGUUGGGUAGACAAGCUUAG